AUGAAUAAGAGCAGCAGUAAAACGACGAACCAGCAGCAGCAGCAGCAGCAGAACCAGAGACGAAAGAAAACGAACAACAACAACAACAACAACAACAACGAGAUAUCUAAAAACAACAACAGAGAGAAAUUCUCGUCGAACAUUUUCCUCAGCGCGAACUGUAAGUUUCUCUGCCUGAACACGAGCUCCGCGUUAAAAGAAUGCUUACAAAACGCGGAUAAAACGUUACCGCUGGAAGAUAUCGUUCGAUUAGAACUCGUCAAUAAAGGCGAACCGGGAGAUAAAGGCCGAAUUCGGUGUCCUAUUUGUCUCGAGGAUCCGCCCAAAUUUCCAGUGGUGAACCCGUGUGGGCACGUGAUUUGUUCCGCGUGCGCGCAAGAACUCGUCGCGAGAAAUCGAGAGUUUGAAAUCGCGUCCGUGUGUCCAGUCUGCUUGGAAAUGCCAUUCGUGGAUGCGGAUUUGAGGAGUUGCGUGUUGAGAACCCCGAAUAGUAGUAAUGGUACGGCAACGGAUGACGAUUGUAAAGUAGGCGAUCGAUUGACGUUUGAGUUGUUCGAGAGAGAUAGGGAUUCGCUCGCGACGAGAAGGUGCGUAACAGGUAAAAAAAGUGUCAGCGGUAGCAGCAGCAGCCUGUGGCCGAGAGCAAAAGCGGAUGAGGAUUUCGCGUGCGAUCGUUACAGUAAAUACACGACGAUAUCGAUCGAUGAAGUUAAAGUUUUGUCCGAGGAAGAGGUGGAAGCUUUAGAACGAGAAGCGAGUGAGAAUGCAAAACACCUAGAUAGAGACGCGACUUUAUAUUGUUUCGUCGCGGCUGAAAGCGCGAAGAAACGGUACAACAUGUUUUACGAGAAAUGCGGUGGUAGUAGUAGCAGUAGAAAUAGUGGUAGCAAUGCUCCUUUUGCCUUGUGCAACGCGAUCGAAAAGACGCGUGCGGCGAUGGAGACGGCGGAAAAGACUUUGAAAAUAGAAUCGGCGUGGCCUUCGAUGAUGAAAAAAGCCACCGCUUCUCCGCUCGCGGGUAAGAUGAAUUGGGCAACGAAACAGUCGAAAACGACAACAUCGACGAAAGGGUCUUCUGAAGAGAUGAAUGCUUCAGCCUUCGCGCGGGGUGAGUUCUCGGAUGAUGAUGAUGAUGAUGCCGAAGUAGAAGAGAAAGAAGAAAGAGACGCGUCGGCGGCGUCGAGUAUCGACGCGUCCAAGAAAUAUUAUUUUUACCAAUCGUCCAUAUCGGAAAAAGUCGUCUUACACCCGGUGUGUAUGAAGGCAAUAUUAAGUGCCCACGGUGACGAUUUUUCGCGAAUUCCGAGGAAAAUUAAAGUCAAUUUGCUCGAGAUUGAAAAGACAAUCGUGGACGAUGCGAUUCGAAAUCGAAACCCGCAGUGGCGUCAUUACUCGAAAACGACCGAACUGCUCGUCUGCGAAGGAGAUUUGCGGGAGAUUUGCGACCGAGAGAUGCUGAACAAGUGUGAACAAAUAAUCAAAAGAGCCGCGCGCAGGAAAAUGGACGAAGCGAAGAGGAAAAAAGAAGACAAGAAAGAGAGAGAGAAAGAGCGCAAACUCGAGAAAGAAAGGGUAGAAAAGGAGAUGGUUUUCGCUCGGGAUAUUUUACACCGAAUGCCAAAGCUUGGACAUGAAAAUGACGUAAACGAGAAGGAAAUGGAUGAUAUCUUCUCGUCUUCUCCACACCACCACCAGCAGCAGCAUCAGCAGCAAAACUUUGCCAACGUGGCAAAGUUUGGAUUUGGCGCUCGCUUUCACGAUAUGCCUUCGCUCGCGCCAGACGCGUCCUCGACGUCUGCGUUCCCCUCGCUCGGUGAACCGGCCACAAUGUCGGCGUCAAAGUCUCCGAAUUGGGCGCAACCCGCACACAUGGAACACAUAGAUUUUGACUCCGCGCUUUCUAAAAGCAACGAAGAGAUGGUGACGACGGCGACGACGAAUGGUGGAAAAAAGAAGAAGAAUAGUAAAGGCACCCCGCUUUUCAGCUCGAGCGUCGGUCGAAGACACGUUUAA